AUGUCUUCACCUGGAAUAUAUCCUGAUCGACCCAAACGAGAACCGUUAUCUAGAAGUUCAUCGUUCACAAACAUAAUGACGUUGACUUCUUUAGACCGGUACUCUGAAGAUUGGGCUGGUGCUUUGACACUUCUAGAUGUUAUCGAAACGUUCUUCGACUCGAGAUUGGAUCUUUUUAACCGACGAUUGAAAGCACAAUCUUCAAAGCUCAAAUCCCGAGCCGUGGAAUUGCUUCCCAAGGGAUUGAGAACACCUGGAGGGGGAGGCAGUACUAUAUUGUUGAUGGACGAUGAGGAAGAUAGGGACAGUAGAGUAGGAGAGAAAUACAGGAAAGAUGUUGAAAAAGAAGUCGAGAGGAUAAAAGUUAAACUUGCAGCCAAAGUGACCCAUUUAUCUGGAACUUGGAGAUCUGCUCAAGUCGUGAGAACGAAAGAUAAGAUAUCUUUCUUAUUCGGAGUAAUGAGUCUAGCAUUCACUUGCUUGUUAUACGGUAUGGCACCUGAGUAUUUCCCAUUGGCAUAUACGAUCCAAAUUGGCUUUUAUCUCCCCUUGAGAGCUUAUACAUAUAAGAAAAAGGCUUGGCAUUAUUUCUUGUUUGGUGACAUGUGUUACUUUGUGAAUGUCCUUGAUUUACUGUGGAUAUGGGUUUUCCCUUCAUCAACCAAACUUUUCAUUUGCUGUCAUCUCUUGACAUUGGGUCCCCUCGCAAGCGCUAUCAUCACUUGGCGAAAUUCACUAGUCUUCCAUUCGUUGGACAAGAUCAUAUCUAUCUUUAUACAUAUCUAUCCACCGAUCGUCUUAACUGUUAUAAGACACACGUAUCCAAAUGCGGAAGCACGAUAUCCAGGUUUGAGAGAUGUAGGUGAUUACAAAUGGUAUACCAUGAUUUUCUUCGCAGGUGUGCCGUAUAUUCUUUGGCAAGCAGCAUAUUACAAGUUCAUCUCGCUAGAUAGAAAAAGCAAGAUUGAAUCUGGCGAGAGGCAGAACUCUUUCCAUUACAUGCUGAACGAUAAGCGUGGACCUAUUGGGAAAGCGUUACAAGGGAUUCGACCUGAACAUAGGGAAUUAUGGUUUAUCUUUGGUCAACUGAUCUACAGUAUCAUAUUCAUGAUUCCACCUGCUGCUCUAUUCAUACGUAAUUCAAGAGCGAGUUCGGCGUUUUUGAUCAUCAUCUUUGCUGUAUCAGCAUGGAACGGGGCUUCAUUCUACGUUGAGGUAUUUGGUAGAAAGUUCGAAAGGGAACUGGAGAAACUUCGUAAAGAGAUGGAGUUAGCUUCUGCAUCGGGAGUAUCAAUGACUUCUUCAACACCACAAUCACCUUAUACCGAUGCUCUUAACUCACCUGAACAGGGACAAGGAUUAGAAGAUGAGAAAGAAGAUUUGGUCAAUAGUCCCUUGGUCUUACCGUCAACUCAACAAUCUAAAGAUUUGCAAGUUCAUCAAUAUACUUUAGACAAAACAGCUGAAGCUUUAGAGCGAGUUGAUGUAGAAGAUAAGAAGGAUAUUUAG